CAGAUCGGGCAGAUCCGAUCGAAGAACCGAGCUGCACGGCUGCUAUUGGAGGGGAUCAGGGGGGAGACCCCUGCUGCGCUGGGCGCCAACCACGGUCGAGUGCGUUCGCCACGAAAGUGGUGGGCAGAACUGCUCUACGCUCUGGGGACCCCCCAGUCCGUCGCAGACGACAGUAUCCUGAUCCAGCAUGGAGCGGCAUUGGCUGUUGUCAGGACGAUACUCCUGGGAGGCUCAGCAGAUGAGCGGGGAAAGGCCGUGCUGGCUGAGCAUGCGCCCAUCCUUCGAAGGUUGCUGGAUAGCUACGACGGGGUGUUUUCGACGUUCUUCCUUUCCACGCUCCAUCGCUUGUAUCGGCUGACGCUGUUUGGACGCGGGGCACUUGGGCUGGGGGUUGGUCGAGCCGGGUGGGCGCUGUCUGCUAUCGAGGGGUUGGAUGCCUGCAUUUGGUUGCUGCAGUUGCGACGGGACGUCCCAGGGUCUUGGAACGAGGAGCGAGAGGAGAGCUACAACUUUUGGAGAGGGAGAGCGAAUCGGCUGCUUCUCGGCGUCGAGGCUCUGCGCCCACCAAACCCCCCCGAGUAUGCCCUUAACCAAGCCGAGCGCGAGCUGCUGCACGAUCGGCUGGGGCUCUCCGGGGACGGACGGCUCCUCGAAGCGCUCCCCGACGACCACCCUUACUGCCGAGAGCAGAACGUGCUCGGCUGCUAUCCCCUCCCCGGUUGGGAGCAGAAGCGGCCUCUGCCUCAGUACAAGCCGUUCGAGGAUGAGCUUGGUCGGGCCGUCGAAAGCAGCGAGGAGCAUCGCUGUAAGAGCGGUCUCACGGUCGGGGAGUUUGACGCCAAGGUUGCGGCUGCCAAGAGUGAAAAGGCGGGCAAGCGGCUGCAACGGCAUACAAAAGGGGGCUUCGUGUUCUGUUGCCCGCACAGGGUGAUCUACGGCUUCCAUGCCAUGCUCCGGGGGGAGUCUCCUCGUGAUCCGUUCGCCGUGUUGUAUACUCGCCUCCAUCGGCACAAUUUGCCUUCCUUUCUGUUCUACGACAACGUUUGCAAGCUGCGCGCAUACAGUAUGCGGCGUGAGCCUGGUUUUUUUGCAGACAUGCGAGCCCUCGUUGACCGGUUCCACUUCCAGAAGACUGGCGCGGAAGCUCACAAGUGCGGCCCUCAGUAUAACCCUGACUACUACGAUGCUGUGCGCUGGGUUAACAGUUCAGCGGUG